AUGAGCCGCCGCGUGGUGCGCCAGAGCAAGUUCCGGCACGUCUUCGGGCAGCCGGUGAAGGCUGACCAGAUGUACGAGGACAUCCGUGUCUCCAAGGUGACGUGGGACAGCUCCUUCUGUGCCGUCAACCCCAAGUUUGUGGCCAUCAUCGUGGAGUCCGGCGGCGGGGGGGCCUUCAUCGUCCUGCCCCUCGCCAAGACGGGACGGGUGGACAAGAACCACCCGCUGGUGACGGGGCACACAGCGCCCGUGCUGGACAUCGACUGGUGUCCCCACAAUGACAACGUCAUCGCCAGCGCCUCCGAGGACACCACCGUCAUGGUGUGGCAGAUCCCCGACUACGUCCCCGUCCGCAACGUCACGGAGCCAGUGGUGACGCUGGAGGGACACUCCAAGCGGGUGGGCAUCAUCUCGUGGCACCCCACCGCCCGCAACGUCCUGCUCAGCGCAGGCUGUGACAACCUGGUGAUCCUCUGGAACGUGGGCACGGGGGAGAUGCUGCUGGUGCUGGAGGACAUGCACACUGACCUCAUCUACAACGUGGGCUGGAACCGCAACGGCAGCCUCCUCGUCACCACCUGCAAGGACAAGAAGGUCCGCGUCAUCGACCCUCGCAAGCAGCAGGUCGUGGCGGGGAGGGGCCCCGCCCUGUCCCCCCACCCACCCCCCCGUCCCCGCAGUGUGCCGUGGCUAACGCGUGUGACUAACCGGGAUGGGGGUUUUGGGGCUGCCGCUCACCCUCCCACCACCGCUCUGGCCCCGCAGAAAAACUUUGAGGAGCCCAUCGCCCUGCAGGAGAUGGACACAAGCAAUGGGGUCCUGCUGCCCUUCUAUGACCCCGACUCCAGCAUUGUCUACCUCUGUGGGAAGGGGGACAGCAGCAUCCGAUAUUUUGAGAUCACGGAUGAGGCACCCUACGUGCACUACCUGAACACCUACAGUAGCAAGGAGCCGCAGCGGGGCAUGGGCUUCAUGCCCAAGCGCGGGCUGGAUGUCAGCAAGUGCGAGAUUGCCAGGUUUUUCAAGCUGCAUGAGCGCAAGUGCGAGCCCAUCGUCAUGACGGUGCCGCGCAAGUCAGACCUCUUCCAGGACGACCUGUACCCCGACACGCCGGGCCCCGAGCCGGCCCUGGAGGCGGACGAGUGGCUGUCAGGGAAGGAUGCGGAGCCCAUCCUCAUCUCGCUGCGGGACGGCUACGUCCCCGUCAAGAACCGGGAGCUGAAGGUGGUCAAGAAGAACAUCCUGGACAGCAAGCCCCCCCCGGGCCGCCGCCACAGCCACUCCACCUGCAAUCCCGACUUCUCUGUGAGUCCAGCCUUGGAGGAGGUGCUGGAGGAGAUCCGUGCCCUGAAGGAGACGGUCCAAGCACAGGAGAAGCGCAUCUCCGACCUGGAGAACAAACUCUGCCAGUUCACCAACGGCACGGACUAG